CCUCUUGCAGUUAUCAAGAUGGAGCUUUUGCUCGUGUUCGUGUUGCUGACAACAUGUGCGGCAAAAACUCAAGAUCUGUCUGGUAAAAUGUUCACCUUCCCAAUGGAAACCAACAGAGCUCAUGUGAGGUUAAACACACCAAGACAGAACUUAGAGGCUGUAACAGUCUGUCACAGAUCUUUUACAGACCUCCAAAGAGACCACAUCCUAUUCUCCUUAGCCACACCCACUCAUACCAAUGACUUUUUGAUUUUCUGGGAUGCCACCAAUAAAGAAAUUGAGCCUCACAUCAGGGAUAAAAAGGUGGAGUUUAGAGGGCAGGACUACAAGCCAAACAUGUGGCACUCUAUCUGCACCACCUGGGACGCUGAGUCUGGACUGGUGCAGGUGUGGUUCAAUGGACAACCUUCCAUCAGAAAAUUUAUCACCUCAGGAGCAAACAUCGCAGGACCUGUUAUAAUUAUUUUGGGACAGGAGCAGGAUUCACAUGGCGGUGGAUUUGACAUCAAACAGUCUUUUGUUGGCAUGAUGUCUGAUGUCCACAUGUGGGACUACACUAUCUCCCCCUGUGAGAUCCAGAACUACGUGGACCAGCGAAACUUCACUCCAGGAAAUGUGCUGAACUGGAGCGCGCUAGAUAUUCAGAUUGUAGACAGAGUGUUGAUAGAAAAUAAAGUAGCAGUUUGUUACUAAACAUUUCCAAGUGCCAUUAG